GCGGCAAACAAUCAUGGCGGCUAGUUCAACUGCUGAUUCAAAGUAUUGGCUACCUCUCUCACUCAAAAUUGUAGACUCCCAGGCCCUCACUAUGUGGCUGAGACAGCAAGAAAGUAAAUCAUCAGCAUGAGAAAAGCAGGAAGACCUACUCCAUUGUCCGGGACAGGUAGCACCCCUAAGACAGGCAAGACACAGCCGGUCUCUAAGAGGAAACUACCCCAGCCAGUGGCGAGAAAUCCCAAACCGAUGAAGCCUGCCAAGGAUGAAGAUGACCGCAAUGAUUCGGGAGAGAAGUCACUCGUGCGGUACAUCAACGAUGUCAUGAUCAAGAAGAUAUCAGGCAAAGAUGUGGUGAAGGAUAUUACGACCCUAAAUCUGACCCUGACAACCAAGGAUGAUGGCAAGAAAAUAAGAUACAUUGAGAAUCUAGAGGGUCUGGUCAAUCUUCAAGUCCUAAAGAUUAGCCACAACCAGAUCAGCAAGAUUGAGAGACUCCACCACCUGACACAGCUUCGGGAACUAGACAUCAGCUGCAAUAGGAUUGGCAAGGUGGAAGGUCUGGAGACCUUGAUGCACCUGCAGAGCUUGAACCUGUCGCAUAAUCUGAUUGAGACCAUACCGGCCUGGCUAGGCAAGAAACUCUCUGCUCUGAGGGUGUUCCACAUCGCGGGAAAUCUUCUGUACUCUCUGUCUGAUGUGUUCAGACUUCGUCCACUCAAGGAUCUGGUGCAUCUCUCACUUGCGGACAAUCCGUUAUGUGACCUGCCACACCACAGGCUGUUUGCAGUGUUCCACCUGCGGACCCUACAGGUACUAGACAAACAGGCAGUCACAGAGACUGAGCGACAAGAAGCUGACAAGAGAUUUGAACAAGAGGAACUUGAGAAUCUUGAAAUGCAGUUGGGACAAGAAGAGAAGAAACUUCGCUCCCUCCAAAAAGACCACAGCCAGACCGUGACUGAGCAGGAACAAUCCAAGAGCCUUAUUGCAUCAUUGAAGACCAGGAACGUUGAACAUCAACGCAGUAUCCAUCAGCUACAAGAAGAACUGCAUGCCAAGGAUGACUUGUUGAAACGCAAGACCGCCGAGCUGAACAAGGCCUGUGAGAAGCAGUACAGACUGGAGCAGGAACUUGCCUUCCACAAGAUUGAUGCUAAGUUUGAGCCACUGGCAUUCCGCCAUGAUAUCGAGGAGGCUGAUGGCGGCACAGAAGAGAGUCCUUACAUUGGUAAGGCUGGGUAUAAACGCAACGAGCUAGCGCGCCAACAAUUCCUGACUCCUAAGGGUCAGAGUAUCCGAGAGUCUCGCCAGCAGAGUGGGGAUGCUGUGGACAGCACACUGAGCCCAGAAACACAGGGACAGCUCCAUGCUAUACUGCAAGACAGACUGACGGACAAGCAACGCCAAAUUGCUUCAGCUGAAGAACGGUUGAGUAAACUUCAAGACAAGAUCGAUGAUGCUGAAAUGACAUUGCAGGACAAAAACAGGGAAAUGGAAAGACUGUCAAUUGAACCAACGCAGAGACCGCUUUCUGCAGCUGAACGGCAGGAGUUGACACGUCGUCUGGGGCAACGUCUCCAGGCCGUCAAGGAUCUCCAGCAGCAGGUAGCCAAGCUGGAAGAAGCCAUGGGGGAGACACUGGACAUCAUCCAGAGCAAGGAGAGAGAAAUGGAGAGACUGAGACGACAGCUUCCUGGCCAGAGACAUCCACAAUACGCUGAGGCUGCAACAGAGAUGGCAAAUAAAGAGCAGGAGGUGAGUGAUGCUGGGGAGAAAUACCGAGAUCUUCAGCAGGAACUUGAAGAAGUUGUGGCACUGCUAGCUCAAGAGUUGGAGAAAGUUAACCAGGUCAAGCAGCAAAUGGCCAAAGAAAAAGUGGACCUUAAUGACAAUCUGAAAGAUGAACUUGAAGACACCAUUGCCGGGCUGACUGACUUCAUGCAGGAGGCACAACGCAAGGCAGCAGAGCAAGACCGGAAGAACCAAGCUCUACAGAGGGAGAGAGACCAACUACUGGAACAGCUACGCCAAGCAGAGAGAAGCAAAAGAGCGCAUGGUGGGGGCGAUUUCAUGCCUGAUGAUUGGGAAGACAUGCAGAGAAGGUUGGAUGGAUUAGAGGCAGCUCUAGCCGCAGCUGAGGCAGAAAAGGAAGAGCUGAAAGCUUCACUGCAAGCUGAACAUGACAAUAAAAUGGACCAGGAGGAGGAGAGGCUAAAAGCGGCUGAAGAGGAGGCUACGAGGUUGAAGAGUGCCCUGAAUAGACAGAAACAACAAGCACAGGCAGAAAAGGAUGCAUUGAAGCAACAGCUUCAUGCACAGCAGAGACAGGCUGAAGCAAUCAGGCGCUCAGCUGAUCAGUCACAUGAUCCCAAAGAGAUUGAGGUUUUGGCCAAUCAGCUUCAAGCACUUCAGGCUGAGAGAGAUGAUUUGGAAGACCGGCUGCAUGACCAGCAAGCACAGAUGCAAGAUGCCUUGGAUGCCUCCCUCCAUCCAGAUGACGUGGUUGCCCGCAUCAACCAGCUGAAGAGACACCUGGAGCAUGGGCGGGGCAAGAUGAAGCCCCUGGAUGAGGAAGAUACCCUGGGGAGGUCGCUGGCUGAGGUGGAAGACACGGUGAGAGACAGGCUGACAGACACGGUGGGGGAGAGGGAGGAGGCGCGCAGAAGACAGAAAAAGGCAGAGCAAGAGGCAGAAGCCUUGAGGAGGCAAGUGGCUGCCUUGGAGGAGCAGCUGGAAGAUGUUGAGAAUGAACACCGAAGACGGGGGAAGGAUUCACCCGAGUUGGCUGUGGAAGAUCUGAGAGGCAGAAGACAGCGACAGGAUGCCCGAGAGGCUAGAGCCAGCCAGGAGGAAGCGGCCAUGGUAGAAGCCAUGAGAGAGGAGGUCAGGAGACUAGGAGAGAAGCUCAGACAGCGACCUCCUCAUCGAGAGCAGGCACAGGAUGCAUUGAGAGCUAGACAGGACCCUCACACGCUGGCUGAGCUGCAGCAGCUGGAAGUAGCCCUGGCAGAGACUCAACGUCAGAUGAGAGAAAAUGACCAGCUGGCUGCAGACGAGCUUGCUAGAGCAGAAGCUGAAAUGAGACAUCUGAAGGAUGACUUGCAUCAGGAGAUGAUGCGAGCACGAGAGAGGGAGAGACAAGCCAAGAUGCAGAUGGAGCAUCAGAGAAGAGAAGCAGACAGACAGACUCAAGAAGCGUUAGCCGAGGUUGAGUCGCGUGCCAGGGAGAGAGCUCGACGGGCUGCUCAGGAGCUUGCCCGAGCUGAGGAUGAGAUGGCAAGGCUGCACCAUACCCUGGCCGACAGAGAGAAGCAGUUACAGCAAGAGAUGCAACGGGGAGAUGCAACCUCAAAGACGCUUGCGGAUCAGCGAAACGAGAUUGGUGCUUUGUACGACACUCUGGAGGAGCAGAGGGCUGAGAUAUUGAAGCUUCAUGAUGCACUCAACAGGUUCACUAUGCCCCAACCAGGCAUGACAGGAGGGAUUCCACCCACCACAAAUGAUUCUAAUCUGGAGCAUCUGCUUCGAGAAAUUGAGAGACUGAAACAUGCAUUGCAGCAGCAAAGGAGCUUCAUGUCAGCCCCAGGAAUAGGUGAUCGGCCUGUGAAUGGAAUUCCACCUGCAUUUGUUACACAGCAACAAGCAGGAUCCCGUCCAUCAGCGUAUAUAUACAGUCCACCGAUGCAGCCCACUGCUGCAGCUGCCCACCGUUUGCCAUCCCAAGCACCGCCCAGUCUUCCAAAUCAGCCACGCCCACCACCAACUUCUACCCAGCAAACCGUCCCUCAGCAACGAAGCGACUUACACUCAACUUCAUAUCAAGACGGUGUAGCCGUGCACUCAGGUACAUCCGGACAACCUCGGCCAAACCAGGGCUUGAGAAAUGGACCAGGGUUGCCUUCGGCUAUUCCAAAUCCACAGGGCAUGGGCCCUCAGCCACCACCGUUGAGCUAUCCCAAGGUAACCCCUCAUGGAACAGUAAGGGCAGCACCAGGCUUCCCCACAAACCAGCCAGCAGAUCAAAGUCGAGGAAUCCCACAAUCCUCUGGUCAACCAGUGCCUGCCGGGAUGCCUUCCGAUGGAAAUGUUCAGCCACCCGUUUCGAUGGCAUACCCUGUUGGCAGCACACAAGGACAACAGGCUGGUUACGUGGAUGGUAGGCCUAGGACAGUGCAGUUUGCUGUUCCACCAGCUGUUAGCCAGACAAUUGGGACUGGACAAGUCCAGCAACAAACCUCCGACAUGCCAGAAUCACAGGGAGCAAAUGUUAAUGUUCAAGGAGCACCGAUUGCCACUGCAGGAGUGGCACCCCCUACCGGUCAACCAGUCAUGGCUCAGAUCCCACUCGCAACAGUUGUUGGGGCUGUGCCAGGGGGUCCCACACCUGGACUCAUACUGGGUACUGCUGUCCCUGCGCAACAAACUACAGCAAGAAACUUGGGUGUUGACUCGGAGGAAACCGCCCCCCCUGGUGAAGGAACCGCAGAAAUAUUGACAGAAGGGGAAUCCAAAAGUGCUGUUCCUGUUCCAGCAGGAAGCAGCAAGAGAAGCAGAACCAUUAUUUUACCUCCAGGGGGUUUGUUCUGUAAUGUACCAGAACAUCAUCACAUGGAGGAUGAGAUAGCACGUCUCAAAAAGCUCCUAGCAGAAUGCAGAAAAUCAAAGAGGAAAAGGACAGAUCCAGAAACAGACAAAUUUAAAUCAGUUCUAGAGAAUCGGAACAAGGAGCUGGAAACUCUUGAGCUUGCCAUCCAGCGACAGCGGGAAACGCUGAGGGCGCUACACAAUGCCGACAUUGACAUACGGCGCCAGAGAGAUGCUGCAGCAAGAGAGUUGCAAGAACUCAACACCAACAUAGACAGGAAAAGUCGCAGGAGGGACUUCCUUGAGGGUCAAGAGCCCAUCACGCCUGAGGAGGCAGACUAUGAGAUGCUGGAGGCAUCCAUAGAUCAAGACUACCUGGAGGACGAGAUUGCAUGCCUGGGCAGGACGCUAGCCAAGAGGAGAGCAGAGUUGCGAGUGGCUGAUCGGCUGCUCCAGGAAUGCCAGGCAGACCUGAAGGAUGCAACGGAUAAGGCAAGAAGCACGUUGGAGCAGUAUGACGAAGGCGCCAAGAAACUGAAGCAGGCUCAAGAAGAUGCUGAAGAGAUUGAGAAGCGAUCGGUCAAAGUGGCCAAAGACCUCGUUCAAGCUCAGGAACACCUCGACCAAAUGCAGCACGAUGUCAAGGACAUGGAAGAGGAGAGGCGGAGUCAGGAAGACAAGAUGAGGGCGGUGGACGAUAUACUUAAUGAGAAGGAUAGCAUGUUUCGAUCACUUGAGGGAAAAAUUGAACAGGCCACAGACAGACUGCAGAAGGUUCAAGCAGAGUUGUUGCUGGUAGAAGAGAAAGCAACAGAACAGCAGGACAACGCAAGACAGCAGAACCAACUCAUAGCUGAUAAGACUGCAGAGCUGCAGAGACUUGAAGAACAGGUGGAAGAGGAGAACCAAAGAUUGAUUGAGCUUAACCGAGAGAUUGGCAGGAAGCAAGCUGACCUGAAGGACCUGACUUCUGACCUAGACACUAACAGCAAGGAGCUGGUCAUUGCAUUGCGAGAUGCAGAGAAUGAAUUGACAUCAUUGAAACAGAAAGUGAAGGAAACCAGGGUAAUCCUGGACGACCUGAACCACCAGAAACACGACCUAUUGACCACAAUCGAGGAUCAGCGCUCAACCCUUGCCCAGCAGCACCUGGAUGCCGAGAAGGAGAACCGCACCUUGCAAGACGUUCAGGCUAGCAUCAAUAAGAGCCGAGCUGACCUGAAGCACACCCUGGAGAUGAUCCAGCUGGAGAAGACAGAGCUGGAGGCACUGAAGAUGCAGCACGAGGCCAAGAUGGGAGACUUAGAGAAAACCCAGCUAGCUGCCUUGCAGGAGAAGGCUGAGUUGGAAACGCUGCAGGUGUCUUGCCAGGAGAAGCGAGCAGAGUUGGAGCGAACCAGCAAGCAGCUGAGCCUACAGCGAUCAGAGAAGGAACGUCUGACCACGGAGCUAUCAGCCAUGGAAGCUAGGGCAGUCACCCUGCAUAGAGAGGAAGAAGGCUUAGAGGAACAGUGUAGACAGUGGGAUAGCAAGGUGGCUCAGCUUACCAGGCAGCACAUGGAUCUGCUUGCUUCCAGGAAAACCGAGGAAGCCAAACUAGAAGACAUACUGCAGGAUUUGACCACUGGACAAGAGAAGCUGGACAGGGUUAACAGCAAGAGGGAGCUACUCACCAACCAGUUCCAAUCCUAUAAACAACAAGUCAAAGAGACUGGCAAGGAAUUGAGGUUAGCAAGAGAGGAACUCCAGAAAGUUCAAGAUGAAAACGAGUGCCUCUUUUAUUUGGAGCUGCAAGCUACUGUUACCACGUGCAUGUACCAGGAACUCCAAGAACAUGAACAUCAGAAAUCUGAGGCCAGAGCUGAUUUAGCCCGAUUACAUUCCUCCGUCGAGAAAACCCAGCAGACUCUGCUCCAACUCGCAGACGAGCAUAAGACAAAGCAGGAAGCCCUGCAGCGGUUGAAGAGAGCAGUGGUUGAGCGCCACCAAGAGGUUGAGAGUGGCCAGCAUCACGUGGAGAGAGUGCAAGCUGAUGUGGAACAAGAGGAGAACAGAUUAUCAAGACUGAUUGGUGGAUUGACUGUUGAAGCUGAGCAUCUUCGCUCUGAUAUCACCACAAAGAGGCAAGAAUUGGAGGAAGCAAGGCGACGGUUGAUGGAGGUGCAAACACAGACUGAGCAGCAACAACAGAAUAGAAGGACUGUCAACGAACAGCAAGCACACAUCACACAGCUUGAGAGUGAUAUAAAAGAGCGGCUGGAGGAGAAGACCAAGCUUGCCGAAGCUCUCAACUUCUCACAUACUGAGAUGAAUUCGCUCAGAAAGGAUAAAGAGUCCUUGGAGAAACGUUUGUCUGAGAUCAUGUCAGAGCUUGAUGAGACCAGAGACAGACUACAUCAUGCCAAGCAGAAGUUCAAAGACAGGCAAAUGGAAUUUGAGCGAGAGGUAGAAGAGGCCAACAUGGCUGCCAGUGAGCACUGCUCACAAGCAGAUAGGCUCAGUCUGAGACUCAAGGAUGUCACUCAGCAGUACAUACAGCUCCAGUCGCAGAGUUCCAGGGAGCUUGAGGAAGAGCGUAGGGCAAAGGCAGAAGCCCUUGAGAAGCUUAGAGAGUUGUCACAUCGAGAGGAAACAGCUAGUGUGGACGGAACAUCUGAUCUGGACGAACUUGAAGAUCUACAGCGACAAAAGCUGGAUUUAACAAAACAUCUGGUUGAAUUGCAGUCCAACAUACAACAGGCGAGACUGGAUGCAUCCCUGAUACGUGAUGGUGACUUCCUUCAUGACAUGAGCUCUGCUGAAGAGAGUCGAUGGAGGCAAGACAAGGAGAAAGCCAAGAUGCAGGAGGAGCAAGACAGACUCAAGCUUCAAAUCCGGCAGCGUGUCUCUCGCCAGGCUGAAAUGUUGGACAGUGUGAAGGAGAGAACAAACUCCACCUUGCACAGUCUGAAGCGAAAGCUGGAUAACCUAGAAGGCCUGGUCAGCAGCAACUCAGCUACGGCUAGAUCAAUGGCUUCAACACAAUCCAGUGUGGACGGCGACAACUCCCUCAAUGAGCUUGGUGUGGGUAAUUCUGACCGAUAUCCUCAGCAUGACACGUCUCCUAUCAGGAUAACAUCAGGCAAGCACAGACCACUCAAAGGAAUAUUAAAAACCACACAAGAGAUAGACCAACCACCCCCUACAUCAGUCCCCUCACGUACCUACUCAAGCCAGCGCCAUCGACGAACCUCUCCCUCAAGACCAGUCCAACAAAAGCAACGACAAACAGCUGGUGAUUCGGGCCGAGGCAGACUUGAGGACUUCAUGAAUUCCAUCCAGCGCUUGAAGGAGGAGAAACUAGCCCAGAUAGAACAUUCAUCAUAUCACUCCUGAUGGUCUGACAGAGGCUGUUGUUGGCCUGGUGCCUGUAUUGAUUUCUGUUGUUGAACAAAAGAUGCUUUCUGGUAGAAGUCAUUGAAGUGACCAGUAACCAAACUGUGUGCACUAUUUUAGUACAUAAGGCAAGUUUGAGUAGCGACAGUUUGUCAACCACAGGUCGAUUGCUGUCUGGUACCCAGUUUAUAUGUCAUGCAUAGGUUACCAGUCAAAAUUUAUCAUUGUUGGUUACCAGUCAAAAUUUAUCAUUGUUGGCAAUUUGUCUCGGAUUGAACUUGCCCAUAUAUUGCAGAAUUUUAACAUUGCCCCACUGCCACUUCGCCCAAUCCCCCCAUCACCACUUAGCCCCAGUGUAAACUUUUAACAUCUACGAGUUUAGUUUUAACCUACUGAUGAAGGUUGCAACAUUUACAGUUUAUCUGCCCAGCCAAAGUAAAGCUUCAAAUUCAUUCAAUUUGCCAGGGAAAAUGUUACAGUAAACAUGAUCCAUUGUCAAAUCCGACAUGGAGUCACGUCACACAGCCAGGCAGUGGGCCUAUAUAAAUGCACUAAACUCCUUGGUGCCACAAGGAGUGAAGUUAUGCUGAAGUUGUAAUUGCAUGUGCCUAGUUUUACGAAAAUAUCAUUAUUGAAACUUUAGGGUUGUUGUGAUUCUUGACUAUAUCAGGUGAAUAUAAUUGCUAAAGGAGAAUGAAAAGUAGAGAUAUGCAUUUUUGUCUUUAAAAGUUCAAGUUUGUUUGGAAAUGGGUUCUCAAAAGAAGGCCUUGAGGCUCAAAUGAAAGGAUUAAAAUGGAAGAGAAAAUGUAAAUGUAGCCUAGGCCUGUGGGGGAUCCAUGGAAAACUACAGGAGAAACUUUGAUGACAGUUUUAAGAAAUGAUACUGUUUCUUUCAUUAUUCCAAUUUUAUUAUCAAAUCAUUGUCACCUGGUGUCAGUCCACGCUACAAGAAAAGUGCCUUGUUUGUGCCAAAGUUUCCGAACACGUUCAAGCACGGCUGGGGGCGAAGUGGCGGCAAGGCGAUGUGGGGAUGGGGCCGAGUGGGGAUGGAGCAAAAUGGCAAUGGGGUGAAGUGGUAAGGGGCAAAGUGGAAACAGGGCAAAGUGACCGACACACCCUUAUAGACAAAUGCAGAUAUGUAAGCACUCUAACUGGAAGCCUCAGUUAUGGUGGAAGCAUUGUUUCUAGGUUUAUGCAAAAUAAUGGACCAGUGAAGAUUUUUCUAUAACAAUACAUUGCUAAUACAUUGCUUCUGCCAUGUCUGGAGGCCUUCUCAAAGUACAGUUACCAUAUGCCUGGAUUUGCCUUUGAGCUCUGUAUAUAUGUGAACAAGAGGUGACGCAUUGUUCUAUGGUAACAAUGUCCAUUUUAGGGCCACACAUGAUGUUGAUACCCAGACUAGCUUCACAUGUUGUUUGGAAAUUUCUAACCGAACGUAGCGACAGAAACUUGUUCCCAUAACAACUGUCAUUCAACAUGUGUAUUCCCCAAAGCUACAGUGCCGGUACAUAUGCCCUGGUUGGCCCCACAUUGAGGGGGACAAUGUCUGUAGUGGGAAAUCAAGGACCUGCUUGGUUGUGAGUCCAAAAAUUUGUACCGUAAUAAAUUUGCUCCCAAAGAAACUAUCACUUAACAUGUGUGAUACCCACAACUAUGGUGCUAGUGGGGGUUAUGCAGGUUUGUGUAUCUUUGGUUUGGAGUACAUCAGUUUCAAUGGGGGCUGUAUGGUCUUCACAUGGGUGGCGGCUACUCAGUGGAUAUGGUCAUCGGUUAAAUCUGUCCCUUCUUGGCAAGUGGGAUUUGCAGAAUGGAGACUAUUUGACCCUUGGUCUUUACCAUGUUGUGUAUAGUAAGCUUUUUAUGAUAACAAAAGAUUUUUUGUGAUGGGUUUUGUACACUGUCAGUACAUUUGCUCUUGUCAAGGCACAACUGUGCUUAAUGUUAUCUUCAAGUGACUUCUCACACUUACCUUAAAUGUUUGUUUGAAUAUAAGUUGCUUUCUUCAGUUUGAAUUCAAGUUACAAACUUGAUCACCGCAUGAGCUUUUGGUUUGGUGAGAGCACCGUGAGUAAACCAAGAUCAUUAAUUCAUGACCAAUAUUGCACAUGCCUGGUUUAAACCAAUGACAACGUCAAGGGUAAGCAUUUGGGCCGUAAUCAAAUGCACUCACGGGAAGAAAAGUCUAGAUCCAAGACUUAACCACUUCCUGCCAGGCUACCCGUUUUCAUGUACAUAGGCUUUAAUUGCAGAGCCAGGGAGCCCGGAACUGAGACAGAAGAACGUGCUCAGCACAAAAGAUUGAGCUGCUGGGCAUUACAAACAUUUUUUGCGCUCUCAAUAGUGGAGAUAAUCCAGC